AUAUAGUUUUAAUUGAAUUUAAUUGAGUUAUCAUUAAAAAAUGUUAAUCUUGUACAUUUUUAAUACAAGAUGUUUGUACUAAUAAUUGUUAUAUUUUCAUUUUCUCUAAAAUACAAUGUUCAGCAAAGAACAUAAUAAGAAACAAUGUGUUGAUUAUAAUCAUUGACGACAUGCGAUACCUUUCAGAGGAAGUUUACUUGCCAAAUUUUCAAAAAUUGGCGGCAAAAGGAAUCACAUUUCAAAAGGCUUUUGCACAACAAGCGUUGUGUGCACCAAGUAGAAAUUCUAUUUUAACCGGUCGUCGACCAGAUGAGUUACGCUUGUAUGACUUUUAUAAUUAUUGGCGCGACACUGUUGGAAAUUUUUCUACAUUUCCUCAAAUAUUCAAGGAACACGGAUACGAUACGUACUCCGCUGGAAAUAUUCACCCAGGAAAGAGUUCCAAUUUUACAGACGACUAUCCUUAUAGCUGGACACUAAAACCUUAUCAUCCUCCAACCGAAAAAUAUAAAGACGAUGCAUUGUGUAAAGAUAGACAUAGUAUAAUUACACAAAAUCUGAUUUGUCCAAUCAACGUUAAGGAACAGCCCGAUAAUACAUUACCUGACCUCGAAACCCUCAAAUACUCAAUUGAUAUUAUUAAAAAUAGAAACCAAACUAAACCCUUCCUGCUAGCUGUCGGAUUUCACAAGCCUCAUAUUCCUUUAAAAUAUCCUCAUAAAUACUUGAAAAAUGUUCCAAUUAGUUCAGUGAAUCCGCCACGUGUGUCGUCUAUCCCUAAGGGUCUACCGCUGGUAUCUUGGCAUCCUUGGUCGGAUGUCCGGCGAAGAGAUGACAUUAAGAAACUAAACCUUACUUUCCCAUUUGGUAUAAUGCCUCCGAAAUGGACGUUAAAGAUAAGGCAAAGUUAUUAUGCUGCGUCACUAUACAUAGAUGAUCUUUUGGGAAAACUUAUGAGCCAUGUAAAUCAAGACAACACCAUAAUUGUUGUUACUAGUGAUCAUGGUUGGUCUUUGGGUGAAAAUGGACUUUGGGCGAAGUAUAGCAACUUUGAUGUCGCCCUGAGGGUGCCCUUGCUUUUUAAAAUACCGGUUCAGCCCAAGGUCAUAACUAAUCCUGUUGAAUUGGUCGACAUACACCCAACUUUACUUGAAGUGGGUAAUAUAUUUGUACCAAAAUGUAAGAAUAAUGAUGAUAAAUCCAUUUUAUGUUCGAGUGGAAAAAGUUUAGUACAAUUAAUGUCAAACAAACAUAAUACUGGUAGAUCAUUUGCCAUAUCCCAGUAUCCACGGCCACAGGUACAACCUACAAAAAGUUCUGAUAAACCAAAACUGAAAGAUAUAAAAAUAAUGGGUUAUAGCAUCCGAACGGAAAAAUAUAGAUACACUGAAUGGAUAUCAUUUAAUAAUACACAUUUCACUAGGAACUGGAAUAAAAUACACGGGAUCGAACUAUACAACCAUGUUUAUGAUGAUGAAGAAUCAAAUAAUCUGUACCUAGUACCAUAUUAUCAGGAUAUAAAAAACAAUUAUCAGCAUUACUGAGGUCAACAAUAAAUUACACAUAGAAAAGUAUUAUUUAAUACUUAAUAUAGAGUUAAAACUUGAUUAAUAUGUAUUGUACUAUAAAAACAUAACUUUGUUUACUAAAGUACAGAGCACAUUUGAUUGUAUGUUUAAAGUACACACUACAUUCUAGACCUACCUAUUAUAUAUAAAUUACUAGUUUAGUAAAUGCUGAAGUCUUUUUAAAACACCUAUUACAUUGAAAUUGCACCCAAAUUAAUACUUAUUUGCGAAUAUGUCUUACAUACUAAAUUCUAUAACUUAAAUAUAAAAUAAAAUCACAUAAAUUUUAUUUGGAAUAGACUUAAC